UAAGUCAUAUUUUUGGCGGUAAAAAUACCUUCCGUCACUACUGUGGAACUUCCGUAGGUACCUCGCCGUUAAGUGUCAGAUCAGUACCUACAUGGCACGUUGUGAUUGGUCCAGGUGGAUUUAUUUUUAUUUUUUACUUUAAAUAAUCAUUUAAUAUUUUAAAAAUUAAUUUUAAAUUAUAAAAAAUAAAAAAAAUAUAUUUUUUUUCUUUUUACUCUCUCUCUAUCUUUUCGUCUUCUUCUUGGCACACCUGUUCAUCUUGCUUCUUCAACCUAUCGCCUCCUCCUCCUCCUUCUUCAUCUUCGUCUUCUUGCUUCUAGCCCCAAAGCCUUGAAAUCGAAACCCCCUGCCUUCUCCCUCUCGCUUGGUUCUUCCUCUUCGCACACCCGUGUUCUUCUUCUUCUUCGUCUGGAUUUCUGGACCCCGUGUUCUUCUUCUUCUAUGUCGAUACCCGUGUUCUUCUUCUUUUUCGUUUGGAUUUCUGGACCCCAUCAAGUCGCACACCCAGAUCUGCUCAAGAACCAUGUAUGGGGUCAUUGCUCUUCUCCCUCAUCGGCCUCGGCCUGCGAACACUCCUCACCAACGCCUUCUUCCUCCUCACCAUCGGAGCAGCUCUAUUUCACCACAGUGCAUCCUCCUUUUCCUCUCUUCUCGAAAACUUGUGAAUCAGAGGCUUGACCAUGAAAAUACAAUGUGUGAUAAAUGCAGAGAUUUAGUUGGUGAUGGCAUACAAGUAUUUGUGACCACUGCAGUAUGUGUGUAUCUUGACAUCAAGACCAUCGAUUUCAAUACCUAUGAUGAACUCUUUUCUGGGCUUACCAACCCCAAGCAUGAAAUGAAAGUGAAAGAAAUAAUGUUUGUAUCUGUCUGCAGUGGUGCGGUUGAGACUCUAGGGAAAACAUCUCAUCAGGUUUUAAUGCGUCCCACUUUCAAGGAGAAACAUUUAACUAUUAUUAAAACAAUGAAAAAGAAAUAAAUGUUAAAAAAUAAAAAUUAAUUAUAUUUAGUUUUUUAUUAUUUUUUUUUAUAAUUUUUAAACAUUUAAAUAAUAAAUAAAAAAAAUUAAUGACAUGGACCAAUGAACGAGUGACACGUGGAUCGUGACCUGGCACUUAACAACGAGGUACCUACGGAAGUUCCACACUAGUGACGGAAGGUAUUUUUACCGCCAAAAAUAUGACUUAGGUAUUUAUCUGUUACUCGGCAUAAAACUUAGGUAUUUACGCCGCAAAUUA